AUGUGUAUUUCAUUCGGAGCAAAUACAAAAACUAAUGAAAAGAAGCAUGAAUUCAGAUUUCUCAUGAAACUGAUUAUUCUCCUGAUCACGCUCAAGACUAUCACAUCGAUAUGUUUUGUGUGCAAUUUGCCAAUUUUAUCAUAUCAGGUUGGCUUGGUAUGGCAGGGUGGUAAUGGAUGGGAUGACUUUGUCAGAGAACAGCUCGAAGAAUCAACAAUUCGUCAGCGUUUGGGUGGGCGAAGGGAUUCAGCAGCUCAAAUCAAUACUCCUCCGAGCACUUCUCCACCUCCGGGACUUCAACGACGACGGAGAAGCUCUUUGGCACAGCUCACUGAUAUUCUCCGUGAAUGGAGUGGUGGUGGUUCAAAGACAAAUAAAAAAGCACCACUAAACCGUCGUGAGACUUUAGCCGACUUAGCCCGCAGCUUGCCAUGGCGAACUUCAACAACAGAUGUUGGUACUGGAAUGGGAAGUAGUCAUAAUCCACCGUUGAAAAAACGACGUGAAUCAAGUGCCGAUUCGGGAGCUAGAAGCAUGCGAACUCGACGGGAUUCAUCACAUGCAUCAGAGUUUGUUAAAAAUUGGAAUCGACGCGAGAGUCCUGGAGAGAAGGACGAUCAACCACCCAUAAUUUCUCUAGACAGUGCAAAAGAUGACUCUCGUCGGGGAUCCAAUGAAAGUUACCCAUCUGGUAGGCGAGAAAGCAUAGUUGGUCGGGCAACAACUCCACCACCACCAAAAGUAGUUGGUGCGACUAAAAAGCGACGAGACUCUCUAGCUGCCCCAGAGUUUCCAAAUUAUAGACAAGAACAGCGUCCGUCGACCAGUUCGACAAAUUCUGAUUCGACGCCAUAUCACGUUGACACGGCAUGCCAAGCACUGCCACCUCCUAGAAUUAUUACCAGCUCGGUGACACCUCCAGCAACAUCGCCUACAGCACCUAAAGGUCGGCGUGAUUCCACAACUCAGUGUGGUCGCAUGAAUAGACGUGACUCUAAAGUCGUGAGUCCUGAAAAGACCCCACGAAUGCAACGCCUGCAACGGCAAGCAACUGCUUUCGAUGAGUCCUGUAUACCAGGCGGUGGUAAUAGUCGUCGUGGCUCUCAGCCAGCCUUGAGCCCCGACCCCCCUGAUGAUUGUGAACGUCGAGCACGUCGUGAUAGCCUAAGCCCUGAUAGUGCUUCAAGAGGUCGACGUGAUUCAAAGGCUCAUCUAUCUCCUGACCGCAGUCAUGAGCGGGACGGUAGUCCCCGUCGAAGAACUCGCACUCUUCGUCGUCAAUCGUCUUCAGCUGUUAGGGCUUCGCGUUCUCCAGACUCAAGCAGUUGCUGUUCUUCACGUGAGCCCAGUCCAUGUGCACGUGGACCACCUGCAACUUCUGAUGGCAACUCACGCCCAGCUAUUCGACGUCAAUCUACAACUGAAGAGAUUCUAAUUGCUCGAGGUUUUCGACGACAAUCCACCACAGAGGAAAUGAUUCGGUGCAGAAAUUUUCGGCGUCAGAGCUCACAAAGUGAUGAUGUUUGCAGCAGAUAUCGUGGCAGACGAGACUCGUCCGCACAAAUAAUUGAUGGAACUAUAGGCACCAUGACAGUUGAGACUACGAGUACUUUUUUUGAUUCAAGCACACAAACUGAACCAUCCCCGCUUUAUGAUAAUAACCAUUAUCACGAGGAAUGUCUCAGAUGCAACUCAUGCGGUUUGAAUUUGACCGGCCCCAACCAGAAACGAGCAAGAAGGUUCAAGAACCACAUUCUCUGCGACUUGCAUUUUGCAGACGUUGCCCUAAUGGAGUGCUCAGAUUUUAUGCAACAGCUCAGAAGCUUCAAACCACAAUCACUUGGAUGUGCCGUAGCAAGGCGCAAGAGCUCAACGACAUUAAUAUUUCCACUGCCACCGCAGGCAUGUUCAGAUGAAUUUUGUGAAGAAUAUCCUCACAAUCUUAUGCCCACUCCUGGUUAUUGGAUUGAAUGUUCCAGGCAAAAGAUAUCAUUGCCCAAUCAGAAUUCUUUGUGGGACGAAAGUGACUCAGAACAUGAAGAUAUUAGGGUAGGAAGUUCGUCAGAUGCUUAUUUGGAACGUGAAUGCAGUGACCUAUAUGAGGACGAUGAAGAUUCCGAAGCUACACCAAGUCCUAGGAAAAAGACGACAAUUGAGGAGCAAUGGGAUCAGCAAGGAGCAUUCGAGUUAAUAUCCGUUGAACAAGAGACCUAUGAGAAAUACUUCUUUGGAACAGAACAUUGGAAUUAUUUUACAAGCGAUGAGGAUCUUGGUCCAGUGAUAUUAUCUAUUAAACAAGAGACAUUAAAUGGGCGUGACCAGUUUCGGAUAUUAGUAAGAGCUGGUUCCUAUACUGUCCAUGGACUGAUACCGGCUUCAUGUGUUUUUGCUGAUAGGUACAACCGAGAAGAAGUAGUUAGAUCAUUAGGUAAAGAAGUAAAUUUAAAUCCGCCUUUAACUUUAGGGCAGUUACCAGAUACUCCAGAAGAACUUUUAAAAUUAGAUCAAGUUUUUAUUAAAUCUGAACUUAAAGUUGGUGUUAUCUUUGUUAAAGAAGAUCAAUAUACUGAAGAGCAGAUAUUAGACAAUAAUGAAAAUUCAUCGUUAUUUGAAGAAUUUCUACAGCUUUUAGGUGAUAGGUGUAGACUUCGCGGUUUCGAUAAGUACAAAGGUGGCCUUGAUACUGUCCAUGAUUUGACAGGACUUUAUUCAGUUUACACAAACUGGCGUAAUAUUGAAAUAAUGUUUCAUGUGUCAACAUUACUGCCAUAUGAAAAGCACGAUCCACAAAAACUACAGCGCAAACGUCACAUCGGUAACGAUAUUGUUUGUGUGGUAUUCUUGGAAGCUGACAAUACACGUUUUAGUCCUGCUUGCAUAAAAAGUCAUUUUCUACAUACAUUUAUUUUGGUUCGAGUAUCUGCAAGAAUUAAACACAAGCCCACCAGGUAUGAAGUCUCUGUAGUGACAAGAGACGAAGUUGGUGCCUAUAAGCCUUAUUUGUGGGAACAAUCUGUUUUUGAGAAAGGACCCAUGUUUCGUGAGUGGUUGCUAACAAAAAUCGUGAAUGGUGAGCGUGCCUCGUAUUCAGCUCCUAAAUUUGCCCGCAUGCAAGAGAGAACACGUUCGCAGAUGUUAGAAGAUUUAGUUAUGAACCUUUCAAAUCAUGCGGAAACUGGUCAAAUACCUAAGCCCUACCGAAGAGGUUCAUGGCGGCCUAUCGGACACAUGCGACCUUCAUCGCCACUGCUUGACUCAGUGCGUGAUCAAUUUGAAGACUAUGAUCAACUAGCCAAAGAUUUUACGCGUGUUUUUCUUAACGAAGAACCGUUAUGUUUGCAAAAUGCUCAUCUUUUUGAUGUUGUCUUUCUGGUUGGGCAGUCUAAGCAGAAAGCGCGCUUUAUUGGAGUUCGGGCGAUACUUGGUGUGCGAAGUCGUGUUUUUCAAGAAAUGCUAUAUGGAAUUCAAACUGGUUUUGGAUCACCUCAAAUUCCUGUUGCUGAAAUAUUUGCUCGACCGGCUCCAUCAUUAGUUUCACCACAAAAUCAGAAGCCGAAGAGCAACAACUACCUUACUGUUCCGGAUAUUGAGUCGGCUCGGCCUAAGAGUGUACCCUCAUCGCCUAUGGUGAAACGAGCAUUUUCUCGCCUUGGAACUAUCACUGCUGGCUGGGGUCGAUCAAUAAGGAAUAAAAAUACCCAAUUGAAUCCUGAGGACAAAAAGAAGUGGAUAUCUUCACAGGAUUGUUCGAAUCGAGAAAGUAAAGACAAAGACGGAAAGGAUAAACCUGGCAACAAUCAGCUCGCUGUUCCAAGGCUAUCAGUUUGUGCAGAUGCACAAAAAGUAGAUCGAGCCAAGCUAGCUCAGACAGAAUUUAGUAUUAUAGAAUUUGAUCCCGAAACGUUUCGAGUGCUUUUGGAUUACUUGCAUACGGGGACGUGCCCACUUACAUGUGUUUCAAUACCAGGUCUCCUCUGCGCUGCUGAACAUUACGAUCUCCCUGAACUUCUUCAAGCCUGCUUCCAUCACUGCAAACAAUUUCUGCGUAUCGAAGUUGUGUGUCCCAUGCUCAUCUCAUUAGAAAACUACUAUUGGCGCUAUACUUCGGCCUCAGAAUUAGUCAAUAUGAUUUUAACAUUUGUGGAAAACAAAGCACACGCCCUAUUUAGGCAGUCUGAUUUUUUAAACCUCUCCGAAUCGAUGGUCCAGAUGAUCAUGUGUCGCGACCUGCAGACUCCAGAAAUUCGUAAAUUCGAAGCCAUGCUUGCGUGGGCCCAAAGCAAGGUCGAUAAAAUGAAGAUGCUACCCAACAAAGAUACCCAAUUUGAAUUCGAGUGCAUUAUGGAAAGACUAACGAGAGACUUAAAUCUAUGUCGUAUAUCCCCGAGUGAACUACUGACUGUUGUGCUGCCAUCUAAAUCGCUGAAGAACGAACGAAUCAUGGAAACUUUGAUGAUUCAAGUUAAUCUUGGCACCUAUCGCAUGCAAGAACUGGACGAGUAUAGAAAUCAACUAAGAAGCCAAGACUCCAAGUGUAGCGAGGGAAGUGUUACGGUUUAUAGGGGUGGAUGAAAUUGUAAGAAUGUAAGCUUCGAUGAUAAGGACCAUACUGAUAGGCUGCAGCAAGAACAGCACGAUUGGCAAUGAGAAUUAUAUUUGGAAACAAAAGAAUAAUUUCACCUUUUUUUUUUAAUUUGUUCCCCAUGUUCCGAAAACUAUCUGAAGGUUUAAGUUAAUUUUUGUUGUGUUUUUUAAUGUUAAAGCCAAAAAUAUUUUCAAGGACGUCUUUUAAAAAAUGAAGGCUGUGUGACUUAUUUAAUCCUUUGGUGUAUUCAAAACAAAACAAACAAAAUAAUCGUGGAAUACCAACAAAACAAUAAUUAAACUUAACGUUGUAAGUGAAAGUGUAAAUAAUUUGUUAACUUAUUAUGUAUGUAUGGAUGUAUAUAUGUAUGUACGGCCAGCCUGAAAAUCACUUGAUCAUUUUUUAUUCGGUGAGAAUGCAUUUUGUUCGAAAUAUUCACGAAACAUAUUUAAGGCUAUAUGGAUAACUGUUGAUCGUUAAUAUAAUUUAAUUUAUUUUGAAACUUUAACUGAAAUAGCGGUUAAAUAUGCUCAUUGUGUAAAAGUUCGCAAAAACUAUAUUUUUUCAUAAAUAUACACAAACUGUCAUUGUGCUCAGCUUAAGUUUUUCUAUAAUAAAACAUUUUAGAAGCUAGGAUUAUAGUUAGAAACAUCAUUAAAAUCAAUUUAAAUCUACGAAGUGUGAACUAAAGUUUAGAAAAACUUUACAAGAUGUUGUUUAAGACAUUGAUUUUCAACUUGAUCGCAAAAUUCUAAAAUUGUAAGGUUCAUGCUUUGUGAAUUUGACUUUUUUAUAUGAAUUUGUCAGGACUUUGCACAGUAAAUCCAGAAGUAGAAUCGGUGCUAGUGGUGGUCAAUUUUUAUUGAAAUCAUUAUGACGAUUGCCUUUUUCUAUAGCUUUCGUCAAAACGACUAUAACUGUAUGAACAUUAAACGACCAUCCUAAUGUUCCUGAUGAAACUUAAACUGAAUAUGCCUUAAUCUGUGAUUUUAUAAGAACAAAAGUCAGCAAUUCAUUUUUACUUUUUUUCACAAAUUUUGAUUGUUUUUGACAAUUUAUUUUCAUUUCCGCAAAAAUCAUGUUUUACAUAGAAAAAAAAUUCGUGUUGAGAUAGAAAUAAUUGAUUGGAGUGUCCUUUUCACUGUCAAUUCAGUUUAAUCGAAAUCAUUUUCUUAUUUAGACUUUGUUCUUAAAACGUUAUUAAAUAAUGUCUGAAAGUGUUUUGUCAAAAAACCUGAAUUCAGUCACUCCUAAUGUAGCAUAGGAGAAACUUAUUUGAAUCAUAUGAAAAUGACAUUUUCGCUUGCCUUAGCUUUAUUUUAAAAUAACUUAAAUCCGUUCUUAAAAUUAUGAUAUCAUCAACAUGACAGUUCAAUUAAUUUGAAAAAUGUUGUAUUGUCUAAUCUUGUCUGAUAAUAUUGAUAGCUAUAUACUUUUUUGUUCCAAUUUUCGUGAGCGUCAUUUAAGCAACCUACCUCUCUAAGACUUUAAAUAAACGUUUCCAUCUUCAUGCAUCCUUAAGUCUUUAAAUUUUUUGAACUCUGGUUACAUUUGUUUUGAAUCCCACCAUAUUUUUAUAUUCGUCCAAAUUUUAUGCUCAAUAUUUCAUUUCGUCGGUCAAACUUAAAUUAUUUAUUUUUGGCGUACCAAUCAGCAAAGUCAUGGGGAGAAUCUAAAGCUGUUUGUAUUAUAUACCAAACCUUUUCUCUUGAUUCGUUUUCGAACUUACGAGUAGCUAUCUCAAAAAAAAAUCGGAAAAAAAGUUUUCAAGUGGUUUUUUAGGCUAGUUAUACAUUUUAUAUAAAUUUAAUGUAAUUUUCUCGAUAUUUUUUGGUUGAAUUCCAUUUUAUAUUAUUGUUCCUCAAUGUUCUGGGACAAGUCCUGAUUAGAAAAAAUAAAAACCGGUGAAAAAUGUCAUCAACAUAAACUCAGUGCACCACUUGAUUUGGGUCGAAUUUUUAUACCCACCCACAAUGAUCUCGGUAUACUCAUUUUCCAAUUUUACUUACUAAAUUUUGAAAAUAUUUAUAAAUUUUGUUUUUUUCUAAUGAUCUGAAGUUUCGAGUUGCAAAAUAAUUUGUAUGGUAUACGAAGCAUAGAAGGAUGAAUCCUAACAAAAAUUUAAAAAAAUAUAAUUUAACCUGAAUCAAGAAGUGUGACAGAGUGUUAAUCGCACAAAGAACGAAACCAAAGUUUUUGCUCAGCAAAAUGAUUGCUUGGGUAGAUAGUGUAUUGUAAAUAAAGUGCUUUUAUUUAUUUUUUAAAUAAUUUUAAUGUUUUUGUAUAAUGUUCCUUAAUUAAAUAAAUGUAUAAAUUAAAAAAA